CCUGCUUUCCAUGGAUGAACUUCAAAGAAAGUUAAAUGAAAGAUAUGAAGAAAGACCCCGUAAAGUGAGGUUUAAAAUAUCAUCUGCAUACAGUGGACGGGUUCUUAAACAGGUGUUUGAAGAUGGUCAUGAAUUGGAGUCACCAGAUGAGGAAUAUCCUAACAGUUUUCUCCAUAACACUUUUGAGACCUCAGAGCAUUAUUACACCCAGGGUGAAACACGUCCUCGAUUUUAUCCAACCACUCGCCUUACAGCCCAAAGAAUAAGUGUUUUUAGAGAUGGCACCUCCUACAGACUGGCUGGUGAUCCACUUUUCUCAGACUGUCAUGGGACUGAACAAAGGACCUCAGAUGUGAUAGACUUUGGCAAGAUUAUCAUUUAUACAAAUAAUUUAAAGAUUGUACGGACCCCAGUGGAAAGAAGAGAAACUUCCAAAAACCAAAAGGCUUCCCAUACAGGAAAAGAAUCAGAUGAAAAAGAUCUGUGUUUUAAGUCAGUGGACAAAAGUGAAAACAAUCAAGAAAACAGGAACAACGUACAGGAAGACAAUCAGAUGAACCAGUGCUCACAGUGCGGGGGCUCAGGAUGUGCUCCAUGUUCUUUAUGCCAUGGGAGCAAAUUUUCCAUGUUAGCAAAUCGAUUUAAAGAAUCGUAUCGCGCCUUGCGCUGUCCUGCCUGCAAUGAAAAAGGCUUACAGCCUUGUCAGACAUGUUCUCAUUAAAAAUCAACAUGAUUUAUAUAUUCAAAGUCUUUCUUUCCAAUAAAACAACAACAGUACAAUUUGCA